UCUUAAUAAUAAAUUAAAUGUAAGGAAAAGCAAAAAAAGGAUAACGGAAAGCAAAAGCAGGUCAUUCAUUCCGUUAAGAGCUUAGUGAAAAAUAAAAGAAGGAUAUAAAAGAAGCUUUUGACUUAUUUGAUGUAGAUGGAUCAGGUUGUUAUAAAAUAUUAUUAUUAUUAUUAGGUACUAUUGAUGAAAAAGAAUUAAAAGUGGCUCUUCGUGCUUUAGGCUUUGAACCAGGAAAAGAGGAAAUUUAAAAUUUAAAAUAAAACCUCAAUAAUAAUAAUGAUUCAAAGGAAAAUAAAAAUACAAUUGAUUUUAAUGAAUUUCUUCAAAUAAUGACAGAAAAAAUGGUAUACAUAUUAAAAUAUUAAAAUAAUAGAAUGCAAAAGAAUCAUAAGAAGAAAUAGAGAGAGCAUUUCAUUUAUUUUCUUAAGGUAAUGAUAAUUUCAUCACUUUUGAAAACUUAAAAAAAGUAGCUCUUGAAUUAGGAGAGACUAUGUCAGAUGAUGAAUUAAAAUUAAUGAUUUAGGAAGCUAAUAGUAAAAAUCCAAGGUAAAGAAAUAAAAUUAAUUAUUAAUAGUUAAGGUUAUGUAACAAAAGAUUAGUUUUACGAUGUUUUAUCUAGAGCAACUAAUUAAUGA